AUGGAGGACCUUGCUGGCAAUACAAACUCCUGUGUAUGGCUACUCCGUAAAGGCUUCUGGCUCCUAGGAAUCCAAAGCUUCGCUCCCAGUCUCAAGCAGAAGGACAAAAGAACAGUGAGCACCGCAUGGUCCACGCCAUCCUCAAAGACUGCGUACUCGUUUCUAUACCACGAGGUCGAGACUGGCAGCAAUGUCUAUUACAUGCACGGCAAGAUCCGAGAGUUUGUCUUCUCCAUAUCAAACUUCGAUAUCGAGGGUAUGCUUAUACCCUUCGUAUAUCAGACCAAAGGCCUGGCUGAGGCUGUUUGA